AUGGACCGGCUUGUGCAGGUGUUCGGUUAUUUCAGUGGUAGUGUUGGGUCAAAGUUUGGACGUGAUGAAGAAGUCCGUUCAAAAGAAGAAGUGCUCAGCAAGAGGAAGGAUAUUAUUGGUGAAGAAUGCUACCGGAAUGAGUACGUUUGUUUCAGAUCAAAAUGUCAGAUUUUCUACAAAGACGAUCCAUUUAUGGUGUCAAAAGCGUCGAUGCAAUAUCUUUACGACGAAAAAGGAAAACAAUACUUAGACUGCAUCAGUAAUGUUCAACACGUGUAUGAAUGUCAUCCGAAUAGCCGAGAACUUCUACUCAAGAAUCAAAUUUCCAGAUCGGAAGCUAAUGAUCUAGCUCUUCGUCUUGCUCGAGAUUACACUGGACAUACCGAUGCCAUCGUCAUCGACCAUGCCUACCAUGGCCAUGUAACAACGACGAUGCAAAUGUCACCGUACAAGUUCGAUCACGGUUCGACGUUGCCUCAACCUGAAUGGGUCCACGUGGCUCCUUGCCCUGAUGUAUAUCGAGGUGAAUAUCGGCUAGCUGAUAAUGAAUUGAACGAUCCAGAAAAGCUCGAAAAGGCUGGGGUCUACUACUCAGAUGCGGUGAACCAUCUGAUUGACAAGGCAGAAGCUAACGGGCGCACCGUGGCCGCUUAUUUCGCCGAAGCCCUUCAAUCCUGUGGUGGGCAGGUCAUCCCACCUCCCGGCUACUUCUGCGACGUAGCAAGGCAUGUUCGUAACCACGGUGGCCUCGUUGUCAUCGAUGAAGUUCAGACAGGAUUCGGUCGGGUCGGAUCAAAGUUCUGGGCUCAUCAGUUAUUCGAUGAUGGUUUCUGUCCGGAUAUCGUGACUAUGGGUAAACCAAUGGGUAACGGUUUCCCAGUAUCAGCAGUAGCGACAACAAGGAAAAUUGCUGACGCAUUGGGAGGACAAGUUGGAUACUUCAACACUUACGGAGGAAAUCCAGUGGCUUGUGCAGCCGUUUUGGGUGUGAUGCGAGUGAUUCGGGAAGAGAAUCUCUUGAAACAUAGUCAAGAAAUGGGCGAGGAAUUCGAGAAACAACUGAACCAGCUGAAAAAGAAGUACCAAUGUAUAGGAGACGUUAGAGGUGUUGGCCUUUUCUGGGGAAUCGAUCUGGUGAAGGACCGUCAAACGCGAGAACCUGAUCAGGAAUUGGCGUUGGCGUUGAUACUGAAACUGCGACGGGAACGUGGUAUACUUCUAAACGCUGAUGGUCCUCACACGAAUAUCCUCAAAAUCAAGCCUCCUCUUUGCUUCGAUAAGCAAAACUUGAUGGAUGUAAGUUUUUUUAGGUUUUAG